AGAGAGACACGUGUAUGUAUCAUGGCUACUAUGUCAGCAUUUCAAGUGUAUAAAGGAGAAGAGAAAGAGGAGGAGGAUAGCAAUGAAAGCAUAGUUAGCAAAAAGAAAAGAAAGAAAAGAGCAAAGGACUCAUCAGAUAACUCUAAUAAAAGGAAAAAGAGGAAAAUCCUUAAAUCAUUUGAUGCUGGCAACAAAAAUAGCCGUAAUGUAACUAAAGGCUCAAAGAAAUUGAUGAAGAUAAAGCAUAAAACUAACUCAUUUUCAAGCAUCGAAGAAGAAGAAGAGAGUGAGGAACAAGCUGAUGAUACUGAAUCACUUAGUAGUGACGAGGGAAAGGAAGGGUGUGUCCCUAAUUUUGACGUUCCAUUUAAAAAUCAAUUCAAACCUGAUCAAUACGAAGACAGUCGAGCAGCUGGAAAGGCGCUGUUUCAAUUACUCAUCUAUCCAUUCUCAUGUGACAAAUUUUACAAAAAUGACUGGGAACAGAAACCAGUCAUGAUACCAAGAAAUGUCCCUCAUUAUAAUGAUGGUUGGUUUAGUAGCAGAGACCUUGACAGGAUAUUAAGAGAGAAUCAUAUUGAGCACUUGGUCAAUAUUAGGAUAACCUCGUAUGCUGAUGGAGAGAAAGAAGUGGAACAGUCAUCAGGCAGGGCACAUGCUCCAAUGGUCUGGGACAGAUUUAGUGAUGGGUAUUCUAUUCAAUUUUUGAAUCCUCAGACUUAUUCUCGGCCAAUGUGGUUAUUGACUUCCUUUUUGCAAGAGCACUUUAGCUCGUUUGUUGGUGCCAACAUCUACUUGACUCCAGCUGGAACGCAGGGAUUCGCUCCUCAUUAUGACGACAUUGAGGCAUUUGUAGUACAAGUAGAAGGGAAGAAAAGAUGGCGGCUUUACAAGCCAAGGAAUCGCUAUGAAAUACUCCCACGAACUUCGAGCAAUGAUCUUGAUGAAGAGGAGAUUGGUAAACCGAUAUUAGACAUUAUUCUUAACCCUGGAGAUCUCUUGUACUUUCCUCGUGGUGUCAUACAUCAAGCUGUAGCUCUACCGGACACACAUUCUCUUCACAUUACAUUAUCAACUGCUCAGAAGCACACUUGGGGCGAUUUCUUUGAACGAAUGCUGCCUCUUGCUUUAAAGUCCGCCAUUGAAGAGGAUGAAGAUUUCAGACAUUCUUUGCCCUGGGACUAUUCCGAUUACGUAGGAUUUGUUCAUGGCAAUUCUAAGGACAAGAGGAUCUGUCAAUUCUUUGACAAAACGCACGAUCUCUUCUCAAGGAUAGUACAAUACGCUCCAUUGUUGUCAGCUGCAGAUGAAAUGGCUGUUGAUUUUUUACACUCAUCUCUCCCUCCUUGUCUUUCUGAAAAUGAAAAGAAGUGUAUGAUUUAUAAUCGUGGUCCAUCUCUUGAGGAAGACGGGAAAGUAACGCACCAAACAAUGAUAACUCUUGAUACCAUGAUAAAGAUAGUUCGACAGAAAUCAGUGAGAUUGACCAAUGAUGGCUCUGAGUAUUCACUGUACUUUAACACUGGCAACACUAGAAUAUAUAAAGAGAAAGAUCCUCAGGUCAUUGUUUUAGAAGAAGAGGAUGCAAUGGCAAUACAGUUCUUGAUAAAGAGUUAUCCUAAAUUUGUUUAUGUUAGAGAUUUGCCAUUAGACUUGGACUUAAAGAAGACUAGCUUGUGCUUGACACUUUACGAACAAGGAAUCAUAAUCUGUUGUUAAUCAUAACUGGACCAUUGUAAUUAAUAUUACUCAGCAAAUUAAUAACUUGUGUUGUAGUUUGUAUAUUGGGUGUGGCACAUGUAGCUUCAUAUGGAUCCGCUCAAAAUCAUCUUAUUUGACUUAAUAAAAUUUUCAUGUGGAAUAACUUAGCAAUUUUACAUUAAAGCCUGGUCAUAAAAUGCAACGCAAACGAGCGCUAAAUUUAAUUUUGUGUGAAGUUUGAAACGUUUUUGUAUCAAAAGGUCAAAUCACCUGUGCACUUCUUGACCAUUUCAUCGAAUGUAUAUCAUAAUGCAGAUAUACAAUAAUGGUAUAGUGGGAGUAACCAAAGUGCAAGGCAAUGACUUUUUGAUGUAAGGUUUCGUAUGCCCCCUUACAUCAAAUAAUAACUUAACCGCAUGCUCACAAUUGCUUGUGUGCUGACUGCUGAUCACACUAUGGGCUUAUUCCACACAGUUUAUUGAGUUUAGUUUGCAAAUUUGUGACUGAAUAAACAUUUCUUAUCAAACAAGAGAUAAAAUAAUGAUCAAGUUAAGGAUCUUUUAGAAAUG